AUGUGCCUGGGCGAAUUCGCGUACUCUAAAACAUACGUUUUGUGGGACGUGGAUGAUUGGCCAAGCCCCAAUUUUGACAACCCUAGAUUGAUUUUUGACUUGAAGAGGCAAUAUACUCAUGCAGGAUUUCGAUAUCGCUACUGUCAUCAUGAUGAUCAAGGUGAUAAUAAGCGUUUGAAAGUUGCGGAGAUGGUACAUGACAUUAUUGUCCGCCAUGGCAAAUUGCAACAAGGCGAAGUAGCAAAUUUUAUUGUCCUCGCAAAUAUCUCAGAAGAGCUGAUGGUCUAUAUUCUUGUGACUAUGAAAUCGAGAGGUCACAAUGUUGUGUUUGCACGUAAUAGGCAAAGCCUGGAGGAAGAUGGCGACUCCUCACUAGUAGGACGCCUGUAUGAAUCUGGAAUCAGUGAAUGGACUUGUCCCCCAAACCUACUAGACGAAACUUUUGAAACCUUUGAAGACGAAAGCUUAAAGUGGUGCUAG